AUGGCCGGCAACGCACCUAAAGCAAGGACCAUCGCCGUUUUAGGCUCUCGUAAAUCCUCCUUGACAAUUCAAUUUGUGGAAAACCAUUUUGUUGAUUCUUAUUAUCCUACCAUCGAGAAUACUUUCAACAAAGUUAUAAGGUAUAGAGGACAAGAGAUUGCUGCAGAAAUCAUUGACACUGCUGGUCAGGAUGAGCAUUCAAUUUUGAAUUCUACACAUGCCGUCGGAAUACAUGGCUAUAUUUUAGUAUACUCGAUUACUUCUAGACAAAGCUUCGAAAUGGUGAAGAUUAUCAGGGAUAAGAUUUUGAAUUUUACAGGAAGAGAAGCUGUUCCUAUUGUUCUUGUUGGCAAUAAAACAGAUUUACAUUUGCAAAGGCAAGUGAAUCCCGAAGAAGGUAGAGAUUUGGCUUCACUAUGGCAUUGUGCAUGGACUGAAGCUUCUGCCAAACAUAAUGAAAAUAUAACUCGUAUUUUUGAACUCAUGAUAAGUGAAAUUGAAAAGAAUCUCAAUCCAAAUGGCGAAGAACAAAGCAAUUGUGUUGUC